AUGGGAGACUUUAUUGGCCAUUUAUCUCCAGGUUUGUUUCUGGUCUUCUAUGGUCUGUAUCAAGCAAUACUGGUCUCCAGAGCUGUGAUACUCAAUGACUCUAUUCUGUAUCCUUCCUACCUUUCCAAGAAUAAGGGAAAAUGGGUCAGGCUGUGGCAACUAGCCCAUGCGGGCUGGUUGAAGACUGUGAUUAGCUCCCUCUUGAUAGUUUAUGAGCUCAUUUGUGUUGAUGGAGGGCUGACAUUUAUGACCAAAGGGGUGCCACCGAGGUUUAUGUACCCCAAGGAGUGGCAGCACCUCACCAUGUUCAUCCUCUUCGCCCUUGAUGGCUGUAUAGAAGUGGUGAGCAAGAAUGUGCUGAGGCAGAGGCUGGUGCUCCUAGAAAGAGGUGCCACAGUGCUGGGCAUCUACGUGCUCCUGCUGCUGCUGGUGUCUCACGUUAAAGAAUCGUCUGGGGUGGAGCUGCAGGUUCACUCUCUCCUCAUCUUGGUGGUGUUCCUGCUGAUGCUGGUGUUGACGGCAGAGCUGUGGGCUCCUGAGAUGUAUCACCUCUGGGUGAUAGAGUCCUUCCUGUUCCUGAUCAUGGGCUCAUGGCUGAUCCAGGCAGCCUUCAUUCUAUUUAGACCGGUCUCUGGCUUCCCAUGGGAGGAUGAAGACAUCAGCGACAUCAUGUUUGUCACCACCUUCUUCUGCUGGCAUGUGAUGAUCAACGCCUUGUGCAUGGUGGGAAUCUAUGGCAUCUCUUCCUUUUGGCACCAUUGUUACAGUCCCAGCUUGAGGCUGACGGGGUCUGAGGAAGCGUUUUAUCACAAGAGCUCUUCAGGAACCCUCUACAAGCUGCUGCAGAAGGCAGAGCAUCAGGACAAAGAUGACCAGGCUCCUCUCCUUUCAAAGAGCUCUCCCUGUGACAGGGCCUAG